AUGAUACAGGCGCCAAAACUUGCCAGUCAGCCGUUGCGCUGCUGGGCGCAUCGCGCAUCAUGGUCGACCAUCAUUCGGCACCAGGGACACUCCAUUCUUGCCUCACGAACCUGCACAUGGCGGGCCUACUCCUCCGCCCAGCCCAAGACCAUCGAGGUCAACGGCAAAACCUAUCCGACCGAUCAAUGGUUCAACGUUCCGCCCAACGUCGUGGCCGCCGCGUCCCGCAAGCUGCACCUCCAAAAGGACCAUCCCGUCUACAUCACACGGCAGAUCAUUGAGUCUCAAUUCCCAAACUCGACCUACAAAUACCAUAACACCUUCGACCCUGUCGUCUCGACCCACCAAAAUUUUGACUCGCUCGGCUUCCCUGCAGACCAUCCUGGCCGCGCACGAUCCGACACCUACUACUUCAACAAGGACACUCUUCUGCGAACCCACACGAGCGCUCACCAAGCGGAAACAUUCAAGGCCGACCAGAGCGACGGAUACCUCAUCAGCGCCGAUGUCUACCGGCGAGAUGCCAUUGACAAGAGCCACUACCCCGUCUUCCACCAGAUGGAGGGCGCCCGCAUCUGGGACCGCACACAGUACCCCGAGGGCGCCGUCGCCGACGCCAUCUGGGCCGAUGUCGAGAAGCUGCCGAAGCACAACGUCCCCGUCGAGGACCCCAAUCCAGGCAUUCACCCCGAGCGCAACCCCCUCCAAGAGGCGCAUCACACUGCCGCCGAGGCCGAGGCCAUCGCUGCGCACCUGAAGCGCUCGAUCGAGCUCAUGGUCAUUGAGAUCUUCUCGCGCGCCAAGGCCGCCGCCCGCAAGGCCGACCCCGACCACAAGGACGAGCCCCUGCGCAUGCGCUGGGUCGAGGCCUACUUCCCCUUCACGAGCCCCUCGUGGGAGCUCGAGGUCUACUACGACGGCGACUGGCUCGAGGUGCUGGGCUCCGGCGUCGUCAAGCAGGACAUCUUCAUCAACGCCGGCAAGCCCGACAAGCUCGGCUGGGCCUUCGGCAUCGGCCUCGACCGCAUCGCCAUGCUGCUCUUCCAGAUCCCCGACAUUCGCCUCUUCUGGUCCCGCGACGAGCGCUUCCUCAGCCAGUUCCGCGGCGUCUCUGACGACCUCGCCUCGCUGCGCCGCUUCGUCUCCUUCUCCAAGUACCCCGCCUGCCCGAAGGACGUGUCCUUCUGGCUGAGCGGCGUGUCGCCCGCCGGCGGCGGCCACCCCUUCCACGAGAAUGACUUUAUGGAGCUCGUCCGCGACGUCGCCGGCGACCGCGUCGAGGACGUGCGCGUCGUGGACGACUUUACGCAUCCCAAGACGGGCCGGCGAAGCAUGUGCUACCGCGUCAACUACCGCAGCCUCGAGCGGACGCUGACCAACGAGGAGACGAACGCGUUGCACAGCGAGGUGAAGAAGAGGCUGGUCGAGAAGCUGGGGGUGGAGAUCCGGUAA